CCACUUUGGGUGCUGGGCACAAAGACUAACAGGCACACUGGUUUUCUAAAACCUCCAUCGCUGCCACCGCCACCAUGUCCUGUCCGAUGCCACAACGCCGGGCCAUUACCACGGUGCUGGGUGCCAUGGAGUUUGGACACCGCAUGGACCAAGCCUCUAGUGCUGCUUCGAUGCGCGCCUUCCUGGAUCACGGUUACAACGAGAUAGACACCGCCUUCAUCUAUUCCGACGGCCAGUCGGAGACCAUCCUGGGCGGCCUUGGACUCGGGCUAGGACGCAGCGACUGCAAAGUGAAAAUUGCCACCAAGGCCAACCCAAUUGGUGAGCAGACACUGAAGCCUGAGAGUGUGCGGCAUCAGCUGGAGACUUCACUGAAGCGGCUGCAGUGUCCGCGGGUGGACAUCUUCUACCUGCACUUGCCAGACCGCAGCAACCCCAUAGAAGAGACGCUGCGUGCCUGCCAUGAGCUACACAAGGAGGGCAAGUUUGUGGAGCUGGGCCUUUCCAACUAUGCUGCCUGGGAGGUGGCUGAGAUCUGCAUGCUCUGCAAGAAGAACGGCUGGAUCCAGCCCACUGUGUACCAGGGAAUGUACAGCGCCAUCACCCGGCAGGCAGAGAAGGAGCUGUUCCCCUGUCUCAGGCACUUUGGAUUGAGGUUCUAUGCUUACAGCCCUUUGGCUGGUGGACUGCUGACUGGCAAGUACCAGUAUGAGGACAAAGAUGAAAAGAAGCCCAAGAGCCGCUACUUUGGGGAUCGAUGGUCCGAAUUCCUCAGGAACAUCUACUGGAAGGAGGAACACUUCAAGGGCAUCACCCUGGUGCAGAAGGCCCUGCAGGCUGCGUAUGGCUCCAGCGCCCCCAGCUUGACCGCGGCUGCCAUUCGCUGGGUAUACCACCACUCCCAGCUGAAGGGAGCCCACGGGGACGCAGUCAUCCUGGGCAUAACCAGCCUGCAGCAGCUGGAGACGAACCUGGCAGCCGUGAAGGAGGGACCCCUGAAGUCGGAAGUUGUGGAGGCCUUUGAGCAAGCCUGGAACCUGGCAGUGCCCAAAGCUGCCAACUACUACUUCUAGGCCCUGGGUGACUCAGGCUGCCCUGGCCCUUGUACCACCCCCUUUGUCUCUCCCCUGAUUCACUCUGCCUUGCUAACCAAGUAUAGUGUCUACAGACUGUCUGGUCCCUCCCUCCCCUUCUAGAUUCCUGCCUUGUGCUUUACAGUGUGGGAUGCUGAGGUUGGCUCUGCAAUGGCAGGUUCUGUGUUCAAUAAAACUGCCCUGCCCUGGCUGCAGCCGGGCUCAG